AUGGCUGAAACGUUGAGAGAUCUAGAGGGAUGGCAAGUCGUCAUCACUGAUGAUCAAGGAAGGAUCAUUGACGAAAACAGGAGAAGAAGAUCAAGAAAAAGAGGAGUAGAGAAUGUUUUUUUGAAAAGAAUUUCCGAUGGAUUGAGCUUUGGGAAAGGAGAAAGUGUAAUAUUCAACGAUAAUGUGACAGAAACGUAUUCUGUUUAUCUGAUUCACGAGAUAAGACUUAAUACAUUAAAUAACCUCGUGGAGAUUUGGGUUUUCUCCUAUUUGAGAUGGUUCGAACUCAAACCAAAGCUGUAUUACGAACAGUUCAGACCAGAUUUAAUAAAGGAAAACCAUCCUGUGGAUUUUUACAAAGAAAAAUUUCUAAACGAAGUGAAUAAGAGUGAGUUAUAUUUAACUGCUGAAUUAUCAGAAAUUUGGCUUAAGGAUUUCAUUGCCGUAGGACAAAUAAUUCCAGAGUCGCAGUGGAAUGAUAGUAAAAUCGAAAAGGUGGAAGAUAGGGAUUUUCUAGUACGUUAUGCAUGCGAACCUACUGCAGAAAGAUUUGUCCCAAUAAAUAUUUUUCAGAUCAUCAAAAGAGUCAAAGAAAUGGAACCUAAGCAAUCUGAUGAAUACUUGAAAAGAAUAUCUGUACCAGCCAGUGCGAAUAAGAUAAACAAACAAGUAAUGCAUAAGAUAGAACCCGAAAGAUCAACAAAGAGACAGCAAAGAUUAGUAAGGAAGCCUCAGAUGAAAGAAAUUAAAGUCGAGCCUCCUUCUGACGACGAUAUAUAUAAAAGGAAUGUACCGUAUCAGCAAGAAGGCUCAGAAAACUACGGCUCACCCUUUCCCGAGAAUAAGUAUAUCUUAUUUGAUAGCCCAUCAACGUCACCGGCAGCGCUAACGUCAUCCACAGGUACUCCGAUGGUCGUAAAAAAAAGAGCUAUAUCAAAAGAGUUGGUUGUUUCGGAAGAAAUACCAAUAAACUCGUCAGAGCAAGAAUCUGAUGAUGAAGAUCCAACAGAACGAAAUGGUAAACUCCAGCCAGACCCAUAUUUAUCUUCAUUCCAGUCAAAUUCGAAACCAACGAAUGGGUUUACAACAUUUGAUGUUCACCACGAUAGCAUAAGAAGAGUGAAUCAAGAUGAUGAGAUCGAAGAAGAAUCGGAUGGGUUUACUACUGAAAGUUCUGAUGAAGUGAUAUCUGCAGUAAAUAAAAGACGUGUGAACCAGGAAGAUAAAAUGAGCAAAAAAAUUAGAAAAAUGAGCAUUCAAGAAACGCAAGGAAUUUCUCAAAAUGAUGAUAUUAAAAGAGAUAGCACCAUAAAAGGAACUAAAAAUACUAGAAUUCCAAAGGGUAGGAGUAGAGACGAUAAUACGAGUAUGAAGCCUGUUGCUGCGAGAGGUAGUGCCAAGAUGAUUGACUUUGUUGCUUUAUCGAAGUUGAAGAAAAAGUAUCAAAUAAUUUUAGAUCGGUUUGCUCCAGAGAAUCAAACUGUUGAUUUAUCUCAAUUGAAGACGGUAACAAAGACACAGAAAAACCUUAACGUCGCAGACCUCGAGGAUAAGCUUAGAGAAGCAAGCCCUACAUCUGAAAAGGACACAAUUUUGUCAAAGCUUAAUGACGGGAUCAACCUAAAAGAUUUAAUCAAACAAUCAUUACGAAAGAAGGAACUACUAAGCUCACAGAUUGAGGAUUUUAUAAAAGUAUAUCUUCCGAUUUACGAUAGUUUAGUUUCUUCUCAAAAUAUGCUAUUUUAUGUGACUAAUGCAGACGUACCUGCUAAAUCUAGACUUGUGUGUGACGUCAUGAACGAGCUGGUCACCUCAUCAGCCCAAAAGGAACUGCCUUAUUUUGAUUACAUUUACAUCGAUGCGUUGGAAUUGACUGAAGUGAAUGCACUAUUUGAGAAAAUAUGGACUGCUGUCUCUAAAGAUAAGCUUUCCGGUGAUGUAUCAAUGGAGGCUUUGAACUUCUAUUUUACUAAUGUUCCGAAGGCGAAAAAGAGAAGAACACUGAUAUUAAUUCAAAAUCUCGACAAUCGCCUGAAUAAAACGAUCAUUCAACACUUUAACAAAUGGAUAUCUUCAGAGAAUUCGAAACUGUCUGCCGUUUGCAUUGGCGAUGUCGACAUUACAGAGCAAAUUAAUAUGAUACCGUUACUUCAAGGGCACUUCAAGAAAAUCAUACUUGAUAAAGUAAAUAAAGACGAAUUACGACAAGCAAUCAUCUCACAUCUCACGUCCUUACUGAAGCCGUUCUAUGUAAGAGUAAACGAUAAAAAGCAAAUGUCUCUAUACAGCAAUAUUCGUGGAGGACAGAAACAAGAAUUGCCAGAUAAUGUGAACGCGAUAAAUCACAAUAUUAACAGCAAAAUUACUGAACUAAUUGCAAAAAAUAUAGCAAACAUAAGUGAUAGUACGAAAAAAGCCUUCAAAAUAUGUGAGAUUGCCGUAGAAAUCUCUAAAAAUGACUUCGUCAGAAAAGGUGGUCUACAAAAGGGUAAACCAGUAGUAUCCCAAGAGAUGGUGCCACGUUAUUUUUCAGAAGCAAUUAACGGGUUUAAAGAUGAAACAUUCUCAAAAAAAGUAAUAGGGAUGUCUCUACUGGUGAGGACAUUCUUAUACACUUUGGCGCGUGAAACUGAAGGCUCGAAUAGCCGCACACUUGCUAUGGAGACUCUCUUAAUCAGGAUGGUGAAGAUGUUGCAGGACAACCCAGAUUACAAAGCAUCAAGAGAAAUCAAAAAAGUAAUAUGCGGUGUCUGGGAACCCAAGAUAACCAUAGAAAUAUUGAAGCAGUUCUCAUGGAUAAGUAUAAUCAAUGAGCUAGUCGGAGAAAAGUUGGUUACUGUGGUACUUGAAGAGCCAGGCGCCAGUAUUAUGGUAGAGCUGAAACAUCCUUUAGAAAUAAUACAUGCAUCUUCAAUGGACGAAGCGUUCAAGAAUUUGGACACAUUUGAUUAG